GGUCUUUGCAACAAAACCUAAAAUUAAAAAUGACAUUACUUGUCUAAUAAAAUAAAGUACAAAUUUCAAACACAGAUUCUUUAACUUUAAAGUUUGAAAGGGACUCAAAAGUUUCAUUUAUAUACAGAGUUAACCAACGAAAAACAGUUGCUAUUGCUGGCCGCACCGUCCGGCGUCCGGUACCUCAGGCCGCGUGCGGUAAUCUCAUCGUCCUGACGUCGUCUAAUCAUCGCGUUGUUUAUAAAAGGCGCUGAACGCAAUACUGACGCAGUUUUGUCCUUACUUAGCUGUUGUUCGCAAUCUUUGCGCGCGGAAUUAGAGCAUCGAGUUUCUGAGUAAAGUCUCGUGAUUUGUGAAGUGGUAUGGCGCUGUUACAAGGCCCGUCCCGAAAGCAAGCAGACCUGAUAACCCAGGAGCUGGGGGAAGCUCCCGGGGACAUCGAGCGAGGGGUCCGGGACCUGAGGAGUAUGCUGGCCGCCUCCCCGUACCUCCCAGAUCCUGAAAACGUGGACAAACGUGUGCUGGAGCUGUUCGUGCGCGGCUGUCGCAUGGACCUGGAUCGCGCGCGCACCAAGCUCGAGGCGUACUGCCUAGCCAGAGCCCGCUUCAGGGACCUGUAUGAACAUCGCUCACUCACCUCACCGCCGCUCAGCGAGGUCUGCAAAUUCAUGGAUAUAGUAGUUCUCCCAAAGCUAACAGACGAGGGCUACCGCGUGACCAUCUUCAGGAUACGGCCGGAGUAUCCGGAGAGCGCCGCCGACGUCGCCAACGCGGUGCGCGCCGUGCUGCUCACCAGCGAUGUAAGGAUGUUCGACGAGCACCAGAUUGCUGGAGACGUGUUCGUAUACGAGGUCUCUCACGUGCGUGGCUCAGUGGUUGCCCACGUCGCUGCUGCAGCCAACGCGGUCCGCCGAGCGAUCCAGCUGGCGCAAGCCGCUUACCCUCAGCGGCUGAAGAGGAUCCACGUCGUUGGCUCUCCGCCGUUCCUCGCGUCCUCCUUGCAACUCAUGCGCAGCUGUGUCAACGAGAAAAUUAGGAGACGGUACUACUUGCAUGCAAAAGUAGACGAGCUCCUGGAUCACUUCCCGGCACGAACCCUCCCCUCAGAGUGGGGUGGUGAAGAGGAAACCAUCGACGUUCUGUCCAAAAAGUGGCGCCGGCGCAUCGACGAGGUGAGCCCCUACCUGCGCGUCUUCAACGAAGUCUGCAAUGCUGCGCCCGCGCCGGCCAACGAUGUCGACAUCUAUGGAACUGUUGGAGCUUUCAGAAAACUUGAUAUCGAUUAAACGUCAGCAAGAUUGUAAAUGUAGGUGAACAGAUUUGUGGAAAAGGUGGAUUUUAAGAAUCUUCGAGGGCAUGUUAUAAAUAGGUACCUUUUUAUCAUUAUUUCUUGGUUCUGUAAAUGUACUUUUGUGUACUUACUUCUGCCUGCUUAUGCCCUUUGUUCAUAACGUAUGUUUCUGAUACUCGAAAAUUUUAUAGUCCUAUUCGAGC